AUGAAAAUGUGCGGUAUUUACGACGUGAAAACGACACAAAAUAAGGCUUGUCGGUCUGGGCUGGUNCCCGUUCUAUUCAGUGGUACACUGCGUUAUAAUCUUGACCCAUCGGGAAUCUAUACAGAUCAGCAAUGUUUCGAUGCACUGGACGCUGUGCAGCUCAAGCAUCGUGUCUGCAAUCACCCUGACGGCCUUUACUUAUCGGUCGCCGAAUACGGCAGUAAUUUUAGUGUCGGUGAAUGUCAACUCAUAUGUAUAGCACGAGCUAUUCUUAAAAAAAGCAAAAUAUUAUUAAUCGAUGAAGCCACGGCCAAUGUCGAUCAACAAACAGAUGCUUUAAUUCAAGCAGCAAUGAGCGAGCGAUUUUGUGAUCGUACUAUUUUAACAAUUGCUCAUCGUUUGAAUACCAUAGCUCAUAGCGAUCGAAUUCUGGUGAUGGAAAGAGGACGCAUAGCUAACUUUGACAUACCCAAAAAUAUUUUAGAUCAACAAUAA